AUGUGGAGAUAUCCAGAAGAGCAAGAUCUCAAAGAAUUUGUAUUUUCUUUUGCACUGUUUUUAGUACUCCAUAAAAGCUUAUUGACUGGGAGAGGAAAUUUGAAGAGAGAGAUGGAAGAAGAAGAAGGAAGCAGAGAAAGAGUAACGUGCGCGGUUUUAAGCAUAGAUCACAGCAAUAUGCAUUACAGAGUGUGCGGUGUAUGUGAAAGGACUCUUUCAACGGCAACACUUCUCUGCGCAUUCUGCAAUUCCUCCCACUCCAAACGACUCUUCCGAAUCCUCAUGUCAGUUGCAACAGACACUGACGUUCUCACUCUCGUCUGCUUCGAUAGGGUUGCCACUACCCUAUUUGGCUGCUCCGCCGAUCACUUUUUCCAUUUUGCGAAACUACACCCAUUUUCUGAGGUGACUGUAAGUGAAAUACUGAAGGGAGAGAUGUUCACAAUGACUCUAUCCAAACCAAUGAAUGGCAAUGCACAGAAUCUAAGACUGACAUCAGCUAUUCCUUUGAGCUCUCAAUUUCGCCCUGUAUUUGAGGUUUUGAAACAAUGCUAUGGAUCACCAUAA